AUGGCUGCGGAUAUGGCUGUGGAACUACGCAAACAGAAUGUGGCGUGUGUCUCUCUAUGGCCAGGAGCUGUCAAGACUGAGAUUGUGACGGACUUGAUUCUCAGCAAAGCUGAUCAAGGAGGAAAGAUUGAUCAGGAGAGUGGUGGGUGCUGCAUUCCUAUCAAGUGUGACCACAGAAACGAUGAAGAAGUGAAAAAACUGUUUGAAAAAGUCAGUCAAGAACAGAAUGGGCAAUUGGACAUUCUUGUGAAUAAUGCUUACCAAGGAGCUAGGGCAGCAUUAGAGAAAGCAGGAACACCAUUUUAUGAACUGUCUGUGGAUAUGUGGGACGAGGUCAACAAUGUGGGGUUAAGGUCCAAUUAUGUGGCUGCAUGGUAUGCAGCUAAGAUGAUGGUUCCAGCAAAGCAGGGGCUCAUUGUCAAUAUCUCAUCGCCUGGAGGCUUAAAAUAUUCCGUUAGUGUCGCAUAUGGUGUUGGCAAAGCCGCAACGGACAGAAUGGCUGCAGAUAUGGCUGUGGAACUACGUAAACACAAUGUGGCGUGUGUGUCUCUAUGGCCAGGGGCUGUGAAGACAGAGACCGUAAUGGACUUGAUUCCCAAGAAAAGUCAUGAAGGAAAAUGGGUGAGUAAAUCCGGAAAAUUUUUAAAAUACGCUGAAGAUGUCACAUUUUCCGGCAAAGCUGUGGCGUGGCUUGCAGCAGAUAGCGAUAUUAUGAAAAAGACUGGUCGGAUUCUAAUUUCGCCGGAAUUGGCCAGAGAAUACGGGUUCAAAGAUGUCGGAGGAACUCAGCCAUUGUCUAUGCGACAAGUGAAGUUUCAUCUGGCAAGCUCCUACCCUUCUAUCGCGUGGAUGAUCCCUGAGUUUGUCUAUGUCCCAGCAUGGCUAUUGGCAGCUGUCAAUCACAAGCUCUGAUCACGUGACUGAUCGACUUUUCAACAUGUAUGUAAUGGCAGAAAUGAAAGUCGCUAUUUGGAAUAGGGCUGCUGAGUAAAGACAUUAUAUUUUAGUUUAGUGAUUCAUAGUUAGAUAUUCAAACCUUUGGGGAAUUGAAAGAGAAUGAUUUAUUUAUAAUGCUGACACAAUUACUGGUGACCCUGUGGUUUUCAUUGAAGCCCACUGAUUGAAAACACUCAGAUAUCUAGAAACAAAUAAUACAAAUCGAACGUAACAUGACAGAAAACCACAAUUUCAAGCGUGGUUAAGGUGUUGAUAUUGGUUCUAUAUCUUGUCCUGAUAACAAAUCAAGACUCGGAAAUUGAAUUAUAAUGUGGCUCCACUUUAUUAAUACUAUAUCUAAAAAGGUUGAUUUUAUUUUUGCACGGUUAGCCCCGUCAUCUGUGAAAGUAAAAUACAAAAGCAAGCA